GCAGGCGCAGUUCGCGCGCCGACAUGGCGGCCGCGAUGCUGCUGCUCCGCGCUCUGCACCGGGCCGCGGGGCCCGGGAGGCUGCCGCGCCGGCGGUGGAGCUGGAGUGCGGGCAGCUCCGCCGGGGCCGAGAGGACGUGGCUGUCCCCAGCCCCGAGGCCUCCGCUGGGUCCUACUGGGGCCGGAGGCCGAGCCCUGCAGAGCCUCCAGCUACGAUCGCUAACCCCUACCUUUGAGGGCACCCUCGCAUGGUUGUUGAAACAGCAUCUGAUCCGGAAUCCAGUGCAACUAUGGAAACUUUUAGGUGGCACUUACUACUUCAGAACCUCGAGGAUGAAGCAGAAGACCAAGGGUGGCGAGAAGGGCAAGGGGAAGGGCCCUGAGGACGAUGAGGAAGGGAGGCGGCGCAGGGAGCGGGAGGACCAGAUGUACCGCGAGCGGCUGCGCACACUCUUCGUCAUCGCGGUGGUCAUGAGCCUGCUCAACGCCCUGAGCACCAGCGGGGGCAACAUCUCCUGGAAUGACUUCGUCCAUGAGAUGCUGGCCAAGGGCGAGGUCCAGCGCGUGCAGGUGGUGCCCGAGAGUGACGUGGUGGAGGUGUACCUGCACCCCGGAGCCGUGGUGUUUGGGCGGCCGCGCCUGGCCCUGACGUACCGGAUGCAGGUGGCAAACAUUGACAAAUUUGAAGAGAAGCUUCGAGCCGCUGAGGAUGAGCUGAACAUCGAAGGCAGAGACCGGAUCCCCGUGACCUACAAGCGCACGGGCUUCUUUGGGAAUGCACUGUACGCCGUGGGAAUGACCGCCGUGGGCCUGGCCAUCCUGUGGUACAUUUUCCGUCUGACUGGAAUGACAGGACGGGAAGGAGGAUUCGGUGCUUUUAACCAGCUCAAAAUGGCCCGUUUCACCAUCGUUGAUGGCAAGUCGGGGAAAGGGGUCAGCUUCAAAGACGUGGCAGGAAUGCAUGAAGCCAAACUGGAAGUCAAAGAGUUUGUGGACUACCUGAAGAGUCCCGACCGCUUCCUGCAGCUCGGCGCCAAGGUCCCCAAGGGGGCGCUGCUGCUCGGCCCCCCUGGCUGUGGGAAGACGCUGCUGGCCAAGGCGGUGGCCACAGAAGCCCAAGUGCCCUUCCUGGCGAUGGCUGGCCCCGAGUUCGUGGAGGUCAUUGGAGGCCUCGGUGCUGCACGCGUGCGGAGCCUCUUCAAGGAAGCCCGGGCCCGGGCGCCCUGCAUCGUGUACAUUGACGAGAUUGACGCCGUGGGCAAGAAGCGCUCCACCACCAUGUCCGGCUUCUCCAACACCGAGGAGGAGCAGACGCUCAACCAGCUGCUGGUGGAGAUGGACGGGAUGGGCACUGCGGACCACGUGAUUGUGCUGGCCUCCACCAACCGUGCCGACAUCCUGGACAAUGCGCUGCUGCGGCCAGGCCGCCUGGACCGGCACGUGUUCAUCGACCUCCCCACACUGCAGGAGCGGCGGGAGAUCUUUGAGCAGCACCUGCGGAGCCUGAAGCUGCUUCGCACCAGCGGCUUCUACUCACAGCGCCUGGCGGAGCUGACGCCCGGCUUCAGUGGUGCGGACAUCGCCAACAUCUGCAAUGAAGCAGCCCUGCAUGCCGCACGGGAGGGACACUCGGCUGUACACACCUCCAACUUCGAGUACGCCGUGGAGCGAGUCAUUGCUGGCUCCGCCAAGAAGAGCCAGAUCCUGUCCAAGGAGGAGCAAAAGGUGGUGGCAUUCCACGAAUCGGGCCACGCGCUGGUGGGCUGGCUGCUGGAGCACACGGAGGCAGUGACAAAGGUCUCCAUUGCGCCGCGCACCAACGCUGCGCUGGGCUUCACUCAGAUGCUGCCCCGGGACCAGCACCUCUUCACCAAGGAGCAGCUGUUUGAGCGCAUGUGCAUGGCGCUGGGUGGCCGCGCGGCUGAAGCCAUCUCCUUCAACAAGGUCACCUCUGGGGCUCAGGAUGACCUCAGGAGGGUCACCCGCAUCGCCUACUCCAUGGUACGGCAGUUUGGGAUGGCGCCGAGCAUUGGGCCCGUGUCCUUCCCUGACGCGCAGGAGGCUGUGGCGGGCAUCGGGCGACGCCCCUUCAGCCAGGGCCUGCAGCAGAUGAUGGACCACGAAGCCAGGCUGCUGGUGGCCCAGGCCUACAGACACACGGAGCAGGUGCUGCAGGACAACCUGGACAAGCUGCAGGCGCUGGCAAGCGCCCUGCUGGAGAAGGAAGUCAUCAACUACGAGGACAUUGAGGCCCUCGUCGGCCCGCCUCCCCACGGCCCCAAGAAGAUGAUCAUGCCGCAGCGCUGGCUCGAUGCCGAGAGGGACAGGCAGGAUGCCGGGGAUGAGGGGGAGAGCCGCCACGGUCCCCACAGUGGACCCCCGUGAUACUCAGCCUCACUGCCUGCGACGGAGGUGCUGCUCACAGGACCUCAGGGAAGGGACCUCAGAGCCCCCAGCCUGCUUGAGCUGGGCCGUCCUCAGAUGCACGCGUCAGGCUGGGCCCCAGAUCCGGGUCUAGCACCUACUCUUGUGUGGCUGCCUCAUGCACUGUGCCGCUCUGCGGCCUAGGCGGGACAGUU